UGCUUUCCACACAGCUGCACAAAUAUGAGAAACAGACGCACAUUUUUGUCAAUUUGUCAAGAACUCUCCGCUGAUUAAAAAAAAGAAAAAAAAGAAAAAAAAAGUCACGCUUAACUCUCCUGUGACACAGCUGCAGGAACCAUUUCUACUUUUUCUGUUCCCCCACACUGUCCCACUGGACAGCCGAUGGGAGGGACUAAAGUGUGCAUCACCUACGGGGAAUACAGAUGAGGUCUCCGGUGAAACACUGGCUGGAUUAGGAUGAAAUAUCACUUUUCAGGCUGAAUGUCUGCGUGUUUUACUCCGGUGUGUGGGGUAGCUGUGUGAGCCGAGCCGUGACUGUAACUCAACUCAUAGAAACACUCUGCCAUUCAAAGACAUCUACCCACACAGCAUACAAAAGAGCAGCUGGCAUCUGCAAAGACAGUGCGAUGGCCAGUCCAGAGGAUGUGAUCGAGCCAGUGGCCGAGAGCUCAACGGCCCAAAACCUGGGCAGAAGGCGCUUCCUCCACGACCUCCGCAAUCUGAGUCCAGAUGAGAUCGAUGGCCUCAUGUCGUCCAGUGAGGGCCGACCUUUCCUUGUGGUGCAUCAUCUUCCUGAAAUUAAAGAAGAGGGUGUGCCUUACCUAAUGCCUGGCACUCCUAUUACAUGCAGAGUGGACAACACUGAGAAAUACACUACUCGCUCAAAGGUCCGUGUAGGAACCUUAUACACUGUGCGACUAACACAUGGCCACUUCCACUGGACAGUGAAGAGGAAGUACAAGCACUUUCAGGAGCUGCAUCGAGACCUUUACAAGCACAGGAUGAUGCGUCACUUGCUGCCUCUGGGAAGAUUUGCAAAGGACAGGCAGCAGCUGAGAAACAUGCCAGAGGAAAUGCCCAGCCUACAUGGGACUGAACGGACCAGAAGAACCUCCAGCAAAAUGAAAUACCUUGAGGAGUACCUGAAUGGCCUGCUGGAGAACACAUUCUGUAGGAAUGACCACAGCAUGCUGGAGUUCCUCUCUGUCGGUGCUCUCUCCUUCGUCACUGAUCUUGGACCCAAAGGCUUGGAAGGACCGAUCUAUAAGAGGUCGGGGGGUCACCGGAUCCAAGGCCUAAACUGCAUUGGUCAUCAUCAGUUCUGUUUCCGCUGGUCCCGCCGCUGGCUGGUGGUGAAAGACUCCUUCCUGAUGUAUAUGGACCGAGACAACGGCAGCAUCAACUUUGUGCUGCUGUUUGACCCUGAGUUCAAAGUGAAAGUAGGCCGAGCUCACACAGACACCAGAUAUGGAGUCUGCUUUGAGAAUUUUACUCGGAGUUUGAUUAUCAAGUGCAACAGCUAUAGACAGAGUCACUGGUGGAGUCAUGAAAUCAACCAGCUGGCAGAAACCUGUGACUUUCUCGAAGUGCAACGCUUUGAGGGAUUUGCUCCACCAAGGGAGAACACUCUCACAAAAUGGUUUGUGAAUGGAAGUGGCUAUUUCGCAGACCUGGCUGAUGCUCUCGAACAAGCCAAGGAGGAAAUUUUCAUCACAGAUUGGUGGCUCAGCCCUGAAGUGUUCCUUAAGAGACCGGCAACUGAUAACCACUGGCGGCUGGAUGAGAUACUCAAACGCAAAGCAGAACAAGGAGUCAAAGUGUGCGUCCUGCUGUACAAAGAGGUGGAGCUGGCACUGGGCAUUAAUAGUGACCACAGCAAGAGGACUCUCAUGAAUAUGCAUCCGAACAUCAAGGUAAUGCGACAUCCUGACCACUUGUCAUCUGUGGUGUUCCUGUGGGCUCACCAUGAAAAGAUGGUGGCCAUUGACCAAACAGUUGCCUUUGUUGGGGGGAUUGAUCUGGCAUUUGGGAGGUGGGAUGACAGCCACUACCGGCUGACUGAUCUUGGUCUGACAGAGACACACAGCGAGGACAAGACAAAAGAGGACAUGGACGGCAAUUGUGUGGCUGAUGGCCCGAAACCAUCUGAACCAGAAAAGCAAGCCGAGCAGAACCCAGAUGAUCUGGCUUGUAACACUAAACUGUGGCUUGGCAAAGACUACAGCAACUUCAUCAGGAAAGACUGGGUCGAACUGAACAAACCAUUUGAAGAUAACAUCGACCGCACUCAAGUUCCUCGCAUGCCGUGGCGUGAUCUCUCUGCAGCUAUUCAUGGCAAAGCUGCCAGGGAUGUGGCCCGUCACUUCAUCCAGCGCUGGAACUUCACCAAGAUCUUCAAAAACAAGUACAAGGACGACUUCUACCCUUACCUUCUUCCCAAGUCUCACACUAAUGCUGACUCACUCUCGUUCACUGUGCCUGAGUCCAAGAAAGCCAAAGUGCAGGUGUUGCGCUCUGCUGAUCGUUGGUCAACUGGAACUUGUGAGAACUCGAUCCUUAAUGCCUACAUCCACACCAUCGAGAACAGCGAGCACUUCAUCUACAUCGAGAACCAGUUCUUCAUCAGCUGCGCUGACGGGAAGACCGUCCACAAUGGGAUCGGCGAUGCCAUCGUGAAUCGAAUCCUGCGAGCACACAGAGAGCAGAAGAAGUACAGAGUGUUUGUGGUGGUUCCUUUGCUUCCUGGAUUUGAGGGAGACAUCAGUGCAGGAGGUGGAAAUGCCAUCCAAGCUAUUCUGCACUUCACUUACCGGACCAUGUGCCGUGGGGAGCACUCUAUCCUGUCGAGACUCAGUGAAGUAAAGGACCAGUGGACAGAGUACAUCACACUGUGCGGUCUGAGAACACAUUCCCAGCUCUCCCAGUCGCUUGUCACAGAACUCAUCUAUGUUCACAGCAAGACCCUCAUUGCUGACGACCGCUGCUAUAUCAUUGGAUCAGCCAACAUCAAUGACCGCAGCAUGCUGGGCAGCAGAGAUAGUGAGUUGGCAGUGUUUGUGGAAGAUGAAGAGAGGGUCCCAUCCAUCAUGGGAGGGGAGGAAUACCAGGCAGGACCACUCACACUUGCUCUACGCAAAGAGUGCUUCAGAGUUCUCGUUGGAGCUGCUUCAGACCCCAGUAUCAAUGUUGAUGAUCCAAUCAGUGAUGAUUUCUUCUUCUUGGUCUGGAAUGAAUCCUCUAAACGGAAUGCCACCAUUUAUGACAAGGUCUUCAAAUGCCUCCCAUACGACUCUGUCCACAACAUGCGGGAGCUGAAGGAGUACACCAGCGAGGAGCGUCUCUGUGACACAGACCCUGAGCAGGCCGCAGAGGAACUGAAGGGCGUCCGAGGGCUGCUGGUCCACUUCCCUCUGAAGUUCCUGUGUGAGGAAAACCUGCUGCCUCCGGCAAACACUAAAGAAGGCAUGGCUCCUGUUGGGCUGUGGACAUAACCACAUUGUAGCCCAGAUCAGACCACUACAAUGCAGCGAAACGGUCGCUAUACCACAAGUAUCUGCUCGUACUUUCAGCUCACUGAAUAUUCUGCACAGUACUCUAAAGUAGUCACAGCACUUGAGUAGUGAGGAAGAGAAUUUAUUUGUUAAUUACUGAUAAUUCUUAUAUAGACUUUUUAACUGACAAUGGCAUUGUCUGGACAUAACCACUGAAAUGCAAACUGUAUGAUUAGUGAUAAUCUGUUAGAACAUUAGAUUAACCUGUAGUGGCCAGUGUGUUUGUGACGGCGGUGUCUGCUUCAUAACUUCUACAGCACAGUCUGAACUGCAGGGCUGGUGCAAAGCACACAGAAAUGAAUGUAUGAAUCAGGAGAGGAUUGCAAGGUUGUAUUGGAAAUCGAGCAUCUCACAUGAUCUGGGAACAUAGUGUACAUUUAUUGGUGCAAGAUUUUUGGGUGGGUGGGUGGCUCUGUCUCUCUCUUUUCUCUCUCUCUCUCUCUCUCUCUCUCUCUCUUCCUCUCACACUCUCCCUCUGAGGCUUCACCUCUCACUGCAGUGCCAGAAAAUCUGUCAGAACAUUUGUGGUUGUUAUGGUGACGGCUAUAAAGAGAUGACUGGAUUGUAGCUGAAUAAAGGACUGGAUAGGACUGAAAAGGGACAGUGCUGAUAAGAGGUAUAACUUACUAAAUCAGGAUGGUGUGCCGGACUUCCCAUUUCUGUGCAAACAGAAUUAUUUCAACAUUUUUUUUUUUGUAUAAACCAUCAGGUGGAGAAACUGAGAGAGAGGAAACAAAAGGAGGAUGAGAUAAUUAGAGGGUGCUGGGGUGAUUUUACCGUUAAUUGUUGCGUUUUUAAAAUCGCCAUGACAACCUAGUGAAUUAUUAUUGCACCAUGUUCCACAGUCCAGAACAGAACAUUCCACUAUUCACUUGGCUGUUGCAUUUCUCAGCUAUUUCCACGUUGUGUCCAAGUGUCUCACAUGUCUACCACAUGGUAUAUUUAGGUGUUCAGCCAUAACAUGAUAAGUUACAUUAUUAGGCUUUUACAGUUACCACUGACUGCUGAGAACCAUCGGUUGUUUUUUUUCACUUUAAAGGGGCAUAGAAUUUCAGAUUUUGAUUGAUAUGAAUUUGUGGUUCUUGAAACCUGAUCAUUCCCUUUAUCGAGCCAUGAGUAGUGACUACUGUUAAACAGUGUGGAAAUGUCUUGCACUGGAUGAAUUUGUAGCAUUAGUGGUGAAAACAGACAGGCAACCUUAGCUCGUAGACAUACUUCAAUGGAACAUACUGCCCAGUAGGUGCUGCCUACUCAUGAACAAAAAGCAGGAUAUGAGUUAUAAAUUUCUGUAACCUGAGAUGACACACUUGGGCAAAAAAAAUCUAACUCAGGUUUGAAAGUUUCUCAGACACAGAGCCUGACUGAUUUAUUCAGAGCACCUGUGUUAGGCGUUUUUGGAGAACACCCAGCAGAGGGACAGAUGACAGGCAGCACGUGAAGCUUGUGAAUGGGACCAUAUAUUUUAUAUUGUGAGCCUUGCCGUAGUGUUUUUAUUGCACUUUGGAAUAUGUAGAAAAAAAUCCCAUCUGAUGUUUUUUUUUAUUUUUAUUUUAAAGAGACCAAAUAAUAAAUGACACAUUACCAUAAUUGCGUUUGUAAUACAAAAAAGUGUGAACCUGUUAUGGAGACUUGUGCAGACUGUUGUAUAAGCUUUUGACACAUGCCUGCAAGUCAACAGCUACUACCUGAGUGGUUAAGUGCAGGUUUGUGUGUGAAUGUGACAGAUGACAGAUGCCCCAUGUGAGCACUGCCUCGCUCUACAUGAGGAACCUUUCACAGAGGAGUCAUUAAAACCAUUUGUGUUCAGAAAUGGUGCUUUGCUGGUCUCAGAACUAUUUACCUGUUCCUUUAGAAGAUAUUAAAAGCCAUUAUGAGCCCUUGCACACUGAAAGCUGGGUAUUUGCUAGCCUCUCUUAUACAGCACAAAAUGGUUGCCUUUUUCUUUAUUAUAUUCUGCAGAAAUGUCUGCAGUGUACUAAGUGACCUUAUACUGUUUCUACCAUGAAUUUUAUUUUUAUUGGACUAAUAGCCAGCAUUGCCAAAACAUUUUUAUGUGUGAAUUACUAAUAUGUUACUGAUGAAAACAUGUUGAAUAUCCCUAACAGUCACCAUGUGAAAACUGUGUGCAGAUCUGUAGAUCUAGUGUAUUACCUUGGAAUUACUGAUAGAUGGGUUACUAACACUCGGGUCUAGAAAUGAAACAUAUUCCUACUUAUUCAUUUGCAGUUAUACACAAUGUGCUACUUCAGGGUAUGUUGCUUUUUUUGUUUCCUCAAUAAACUUGUUUUUUUUAUGGAACUGAAUUGAAUUACUUUUGCUUUGAUUUGAUACAAUAAUUCUAAUAAGGAUUGACACGAUUUCAGAUUUAUCUGAUUAUUAUAGUCAAAACAUAUCCCAUUAAUAAUAUGGAGACAUCUAUUAAGAUUUGAGAGAGAAAAAAAAAUUGUCACUAAGAACUCAUAUUUCACUUUGUUUAUUGUGUGUUUUGUCUCUUUAUUGGCAAAUUAAUUACAUUCGAAAUGUUGUUCCAGUGUUUGUGUGUCAGCUAGAUAGUUACUGUUUUUGGAUUGUUUCUAAUGUAUGUGUAUUAUUAACAUGAUCACCAUCUUAUUUUUUGAAUUUCACAAUUACCAAGACCGCUAUAUAGCAACCUAAUUCAAAUCAAAAUGACACAAUUCCUGUUUCCUAUUUUAUAAUAAUCGUGUAUUUUAUAAUAAUGUCAUGUUUUUAUGUGAUGCAACCGUUGCCUAAAGUCACUGUCUAGAUGUGUGUGUUACACAAGAGAAAAACUAAGAGGGAACGAAUUCGAAUAUUUGUGAUAUUACACUAACUGGUGACGUUUAUAUCCUCUGUAAACCACUGGUAUCAUAUCAGAGAGACUGAAUGUGUUUUUACUGGAAGUUGGAGUGAUUUAACACAAACAUGAAAUAAAGUUUCAUGUGAAUAUGUUCAAUAAAUCACCAAUGCAGUCUGCAGGU